CCCCAGCGGAGAGGAAGAGCGGAGACAAGUGAACAACACGCCAAGGCAAGGAAGAUAGGAAAUUACAUAGCGUGUGAAUGGAGCAGUGUGCGAGCACGGCCUCCCUGCUGGCCUCGGUGCGGGAGCAGGAGAGGCAGUUUGAGAUGCUGAGCCGAGCUCUGGAGGAGGAGCGGAGGUCAUGUGCCGGCACCCUGCCCCGCCCCCUCCCCAACAUGCAGAACGGCCGCAUUCCUUGUGAUGCAGACAUAGACAGGCUGACACUGAACGAGGGUUACAUCAACGGGACACAUCACAUCAGGAUGGAGCCUGGUCAGGUGGUGCAGGAGACGUAUAUGGUGGAGGAGGAACCCCAGGAGUCCCAACCCGUUGUCUCUGUGGAGACCGGUGAAGAUGGAACCACUCGGCGCACAGAAACCCUGGUAAAGAAAGUAGUAAAGACCACCACCACUCGCACAGUCAUCCCCUCCGUGUCAGACACACUUUCCCUGGAUGGUGGCGGUUCAGUGACAGGUAUGGGUGUCUAUGCCACACCCAUGGACCGGGUAUACAGGCAGGCACCCAGCGGAGGCAUGCCCAUGGACUACCCGACUCACACUGUUCCCCGAAACUACCACUAUGGACCUCCAGGGGGCUAUGAUGAAUACCGUACUGGACCUCCGUCUGAGACCUACGCAAGCCUUAACAGGGGCGCUCGCAUGGAUGAUCGAUACAGACCUGUCCAUCCAGAUGGUUACAGAACUCUGGAUCCAAGCUAUAGAGCCCCCAGCAGGAACCAGCUGGACCCAUAUGCUGCUCAACCACAGGUUGGGCGUAUGGGAAGUGCUAUGGAGCUAUCCUCCAUCCCAAGGUUUGUUCCAGAGCCUUACGGUCUGGAGGAUGAUCAGCGCAGCAUUGGCUAUGAUGAGCCUGACUAUGGGAUGGGACACCCAAUGCACUACAGCACUGUGCCCCGUAACCACCACGCCUACCCCCAUGGACCCCCACGCAGGACCGGGAGUUACGAGGGCACCUUGGAUGGUGACAUGAGUGGUCCAGGGGAUGUGUACUAUUGGGGUGGAGGAGCCCCUCUGGCCCAGGGUGAAAGAGGAAGCAUGGCCUCAUUGGACAGCACUCUAAGGAAAGGUCCAGGCCCCAGUGGCUGGCGUCAGCCAGAGCUGCCAGAGGUCAUCGCCAUGCUCAACUACAGGCUUGACCCCGUCAAGAGCAACGCGGCUGCAUACCUGCAGCAUCUCACCUAUAAGAAUGAUAAAGUGAAGUCCGAUGUGCGUCGUCUGAAAGGCAUCCCAGCGCUGGUUUCUAUGCUUGACAACCCAAACAAAGAGGUUCACUACGCAGCCUGUGGAGCACUAAAGAACAUCUCAUAUGGCAAAGAUUCAGACAACAAGAUAGCCAUCAAGAACUGUGAUGGAGUGCCUGCCCUGAUCAGGCUGCUGAGGAAGACGCGCGACCAGGACCUCACUGACACUAUCACAGGGACGCUGUGGAAUCUGUCGUCUCAUGACUCUGUGAAAAUGGAAAUUGUGGACCAUGCACUACAUGCCCUCUCCGACGAGGUGAUGGUCCCCCAUUCAGGCUGGGAGCAAGGGAGCAACGGAGCAGGAGGUGGGGAGGAGAACUGCAAGCCCAGACACCUUGAGUGGGAGACGGCCCUCACCAACACAGCAGGCUGCCUGAGAAAUGUGAGUUCGGAGCGAAGUGAGGCGAGGAGGAAGCUGAGGGAGUGCACAGGAUUGGUCGAUUCGCUCAUGUACAUUGUCCAAUCCCAGAUUGACUGUAAAGAUGUCGACAAUAAGUUGAUAGAGAACAGUGUGUGUCUGCUGAGGAACUUGUCUUAUCAGGUGCACCGCGAAAUCCCCGGAUGUGAGCGCUAUCAGGAGGCUGUGCCGAUCAACCAGGGCCCCGCCCCCUCCAGCCAGAAGGGUGGCUGCUUCAGCUCCCGCAAGGGCAAAGGAAGGAAAGAUGAGGAUGCAGCUGCAGAUAUAAUAGACAUUCCAAAGAGGACCACACCUGCUAAAGGUUAUGAGCUGUUGUACCAGCCGGAGGUGGUCCGCAUCUACACCUCUCUGCUAAAGGAGUCCAAGAACCCCACUGUGCUGGAAGCCUCAGCUGGAGCUGUUCAGAACCUGUGUGCCGGCCGCUGGACUUAUGGGCGAUACAUCCGUGCCUUGCUGCGCCAGGAGAAGGGUCUACCCAUGAUGACUGAGCUGCUGGCCCACGGAAACGACCGCGUGGUCCGAGCCAUGUCUGGAGCCCUCCGCAACCUGGCCAUUGAUGCGCGCAAUAGAGAUCUACUAGGUAAACAUGCAGUGCCUCACCUGGUGGCCAACCUGCCGGGUGGUGGUCAGAGUCAGCCGGUGCGAGCACUGUCAGAAGAGACGGUGGUGUCGGUAUUGAGCACACUUCACGAGGUGCUGGGCUCCAGUCUGGAAGCAGCCAAGACCCUCAGGGCCUCACAGGGCAUUGAGAGACUGGUGCUCAUUAACAAGGACGGUAAUCGUUCUGAGCGGGAGGUGCGUGGCGCUGGUCUGGUGCUGCAGACAGUGUGGGGCUACAAAGAGCUGCGGCGCACUUUGGAGAAGGACGGCUGGAAGAAGACUGACUUCAUGGUCAACUUAAACCCUCCGGGCAACAACGCCAGGGCCAAUGGAGGAUAUGAGGACAGCACUCUGCCACUCAUAGACAAAGGCGGCAAAGGAGACCGGGAAAUGAUUCCAAUGAAUGACUUGGGACCAGAUGCCUACUCCACACUGGACCAGAGGGGGAGAAGGAACACUCUGGAUAACACACUCGAACCUGCUGACAAAGAUGCAGUACAGGGAGGGAUGUAUGGGGAGAGGCAGGCUUCUCUGCCUCUAAUGGAUUCUUUCGAUGGUUAGGCUACACCCAUUGUCACACUGCAUGUCAGCGCAUGAAAAACUGAUUGUCUGCAUCACAAGACGACAGCCUCCUCCCGCCUACUGCCCUUGCUGAACUGACAACCGGGGACCACUACACUACCGAUGGGAUUAAACUCCAUCCUUUUACACUCAACUCUUCUGUCCCUUGUUACUCUUUUUACAUCUCUCUCUCUCUCUCUCUCUCUCUCUCUCUCUCUCUCUCUCUCUCUCUCUCUCUCUCUCUCUCUCUCUCUCUGCCUUACAUUCCUCCAUUGCAGCUUACACUAAUGAAACCACACGGAAAACUGGCGUGGCUCUAUGCUCCCUGUGGACAACCGGAUGUGACACUACGACCACUUUAAGCUCUGCGAGUCCCUUAACUCAAAAAAAAAAACACUAACCACUCAAUCAGAAGAUACUGUGGCAACAACACUACGCAACACUAUGACUUGCCUGGACAACACUAACGCUCUCUCAUCAACAAAAAGCAGAGACUGUGGCUUCAUCUGAGGACUUUUGUAAUUCUUGGAGGUCGGAGCGUAGACUUAUUAAACUAUUAUUAAACUAAUUAAAAGGAACUGUUGGGAUCAGAACAGGACUCUUUGGUGCAAUUUUACAUAAAUGGCUAUUACACUCUGUUUUGAAGAAACUGAGGGAACAUGUCAUUUUUUUUCUCUCACUCUGAUGGGUAAAUACUAAAAAAAAAAAAAAAAAUUCCUACCACUGAGAACCAAUGUUUAUUGAUUAAUCAGACAUGUGUAAACCUUGUGCUUCUCUUUUGAUAGUGGUUUUUCCUCUUCUUUCUUUGCUCUAUACCACAGUAAUGGUCACGUGCCAAACGACACUGCUACUGCUGGGACUGCCAAUAUUGAAUGCAAGAACUUCAAACAGUCAGACUUUUUAACAGCAGCUACACUGAAAGCUGUCAUCUGCUUUGUUUUGUACUCUGUGUCGGUGACAGACCAUCGCAAGAUACAUGGAGAUGCUGCAUUUUCUGUAUUGAUUGUGAUCCAUAGAUAUAAAGGGGACAGAAAUAGAGCAGUAGAGAAACGAUUCUCCACCUCAUUGGAAUAGACAGUAUAGUCUGUGCUACAUUUCUAUCUUUCUGUUAAAUGUAAGCCCCUUAACUUUGUAAUUUUUUUUAGGAAAUAUCACAGGAUUCAGUGAGUGCAUUUCCUUUUAUCCACAGGUCUAUUAUCUUAUGAAUGUGUACAUACAAGACUGUCUCGAACAGUGGGCUAACUGGAGUGCCUCGCUCACUCAGGAUAGGUCUGAUGGGUGUGUCCAACAUGACACUGGUAACCAAUCAAGGUGUCUUUUUCUCAGCAGGUUACUAGUUGAGAAUGCUGUAUGUGGAACUCAGCAGUUUUCUAUACUGCAAGAUAAUGGAAUAUGUGAACUAGUAUGUGUGUAAGAGUUGAUUGUUGUUAUUGGGAUUGGUUUUUGUAUGAGGUAUGAAACUCUUGAGUUCUGUAUUAUUUACUGCUUCACAAACCCAUAGCCUACUUGGCUUUAAGACUACAGAACAGUACAUGGAAGAAGACAUUGUAUUGUCUAUCUUAGCCCACAGUUCUUUAGUACAGUGCUUGUUCUGUAGAAGAAUGCAUAUACUUAGUGCCGAGUGAGAUGUAGAUACUUACUGAGUGGAUGAUUUAAAAAAAAAAAAAAAAAAAAAA